AUGUCGGUCUCGCCCGCGGCCCCGCCGGGGUCGCUGCCCAUUAACCGGCUCGGGGAGCCGCUGCUCCGGCGGCUCAGUGGCGUGCUGGACCGCGCAGCUCCGGGCAGGGGCUGGAGAGACUUGGCGCAGCGAGCCGGGAGCCACGGCAGAGUCAAGCUGAGUUCUCUGGAGUUGGAACAAUGUUCUCUCAAAGUACUGGAGCCAGAAGGAAGCCCCAGUUGGAGUCUCCUGAGACUACUGGGUGAAAGGGGUUGCACUGUGCUGGAACUGAUGGAAUUCUUACAGGCCCUGGAACACACAGAGGCUCUUCAGUAUCUCAGUCCUCCAGGUAUAAAGAUUGUUGUACAGCCAGACCCUAAGUCAGUAUUAUCUGGACAAACAGUCAAGCUAUGUUGUUGGGCAACUGGACAUCCAUUUCUGCAUUAUCAGUGGUUCAAAGAGGAAAAAGAGGUUCCACAUGGGAAUUCCCCAGAGUUGAUUUUUAACCCAGUGAGUGUAAAUGAUUCUGGGUUUUACAUCUGUCGAGUGAACAGCGAUUCUUCCUUUGUAUUCAGUCGGUGGGCACAACUGGACGUUUGUGAUCUCCAGGGCGUGUCUUAUGACUUUCAAGAGCAAUCAGCUGACAGGCCUUCUGCAAUUGACAAGGUAGCUUUGUUAAUAGGAAACAUGAGCUACUGGAAUCACCCUCAGCUGAAAGCUCCAAUGGUGGAUGUCUAUGAAUUGACCAACUUGCUGAGACAGCUGGAUUUCAAAGUUGUUUCUCUUCUCGAUCUUACUGAAUCUGAGAUGCGGAAUGCAGUGGAUGAAUUUUUACUUCUUUUGGACAAAGGAGUGUAUGGUUUAUUAUAUUAUGCUGGCCAUGGCUAUGAAAACUAUGGGAACAGUUUCAUGGUUCCAAUUGAUGCCCCAAAUCCCUAUCGGUCUGCAAACUGUUUGUGCGUGCAGAAUAUACUCAAACUGAUGCAGGAAAAAGAGACUGGGCUCAAUGUGUUUUUACUGGAUAUGUGUAGAAAAAGAAAUGAGUAUGAUGAUACCAUUCUAAUCUUGGAUGCCCUGAAGGUUACAGCUAACAUCGUUUUUGGAUAUGCAACAUGCCAAGGAGCAGAAGCUUUUGAAAUUCAGCACUCUGGGUUAGCCAAUGGAAUUUUCAUGAAGUUCUUGAAGGAACGCAUGUUAGAGGACAAGAAGAUUACUGUGUUACUUGAUGAAGUUGCAGAAGAUAUGGGUAAGUGUCACCUUACCAAAGGCAAGCAGGCUUUGGAGAUUCGCAGCAGUUUAUCUGAGAAGAGAGCAUUAACUGAUCCCAUUCAGCAAACAGGAUCAUCUGCAGAGUCUCUGGCACGGAACUUACAGUGGGCCAAAGCUCACGAACUUCCAGAAAGUAUGUAUCUUGACUUUAAGUGCGGUGUUCAGAUUCAGCUGGGGUUCGCAGCCGAGUUUUCCAACGUCCUGAUCAUCUACACAAGGAUAGUAAAGAAACCUCCUGAAAUACUAGUUUGCAAAGCAUAUGUUACAGACUUCCCACUUGACUUGGAUAUAGAUCCUAAAGAGGCAAAUAAAGGGACUCCUGAGGAAACUGGCAGCUAUUUAGUAUCAAAGGAUCUUCCCAAACACUGUCUCUACACUAGACUAAGUUCACUGCAGAAACUAAAGGAGCACUUGAUCUUCACAGUUUGUCUGCAUUAUGAAUAUCCAGGAAUAGAUGAUUCCCUGGAUGAAAGGAAGGAGGUUAAUGUUGGGAAGCCUCUUAUUGCUAAAUUAGGCAUUCAUCAUGGAUUUGAGGAAAAUUGUUGCAUGUCUAACAGACCUUUCCAUACUCAAGCAUCCACUCCUGUGGCAGCUGAAUACUACCUCUCUCCUAAUCACUGUCAACCAAAUUCCUACCCAGGUGUUCACCAUCCAAACUCUGCUCAUUCAGACCAUUUCAGGCAGCCAGAAGCAUGCCAUUGCAAUGUGACUUUGAAUGUGCUAACUUCAAGACAAGAAGUAUGGACUUGCUCAUCCCACAUAAGAAAGAAUAAUAUACCAGUAGAGACAACUGAUGACACUGUUGACCUGGGAUUCAGCUUCUCCAGCAGCCUCAGAUUAUCUAAAAAGCAGUAGCUAUCAUCUCUGCUGAAUGUACAGGAGCAUCAAUCGUGGGCUAAGGCACUCCAGCACUGAUUGUACAUUCUCUGCGGUGUGUUCAUGUUUUGAGAGAAGGCAGUACUGGGAAUUGUGGGUUGGGUAUGGGUUAGUAUAUUCUCUCCUUGGAAACUUCUCAGAUCCAAAGAGACAAGAAUGGAAUAUAAACUAAUUCUUCACUCCUGAAUUUUUUUCAGCAGUGAAGAUGGGUGUGGGGUAAUCAUGGGGAGCUGGUGGCAGGAAAGAUGGGGCGGAGAGAAGCUUGAGCUGGGUACAUGGGAGCCCCACAGGAACUAACCAGCAGGCACCCUGUUAUUGGCUGCAACUGUGCCAGCCAGCAAAAGAACAGAGCAGCAAGCAUGUAGCAUUGAGAUGAAGUUGCAUGUUUGUGGUGGGGAGGAGAUGCACAGCAGAGGCCUUGUUCUUGUAUCACAGGCUCUCUAGGAAUACUGAAUCCUUGAUCUCCUCAGCUGUUGCUGACAUGUCUCUAUAAUGACACAUCCGUCUUAAAAGGCAUGCAUAAUGGACCUGUUUCUAAUCUUGAUUUUUAGUUUACAAAGGGAUCAGUUUUCCUGUGCAAAAACAAAAUGGAAAAAAUAGCAGGCAGAGGAGAAGAGAGGGAAAGCAGUAAAAAGAAUGUCCACAUUAAUGAAACUAAGCUAUACGUAUACUUUUAUAAAUGUAAUUAAAAUAGCAUAGUAAUCACUAUAUGAUAAAUAGAUUUUUAGACUUUCCUGUUCUAACCUGCUCCAUCAGUUGAGUUUAACAUUCUAAUUUUCCUUUUAUUUAAAAAAUGGGACCUUCCAAUUUCUUUAAAAGUCAUAGAUUCUAGGACUGGAAGGGACCUCGAGAGGUCAUAGAGUCCAGUCCCCUGCCCUUAUGGCAGGACCAAAAUGUUUGUGUGCAAGCAGAGCAUGUCAUACCAUUCAUAGAUUCCAAGAGUAGUAGGUACCAUUGUGAUCUAGUCUGACCUUCUU